CAAUUAAUAAUGCAUUUACCUCAAGACAGACAUCGGCAUGAGCUUAAUUCAAUUUAGUUUAUUCUCAGAGCUUGCGAUAAUAAAGUAACCAUUGAUCCCGAACUGCAGCAGUUCAUAUUCGAAAUGUUGUCAUGGUUUAAUCGUAUACAAUCAACCAUUAUCAUAGGAUGUUUGAAUAUUUUCAUUUACUGUAUGUUUGCUGCUGUAAUUUUGGAAAAUUUGGAAUAUGAUCGAUUUCAUGAGUAUGACUAUGAUGACUAUAGUGACAUAUACAAGAGUUAUGAACAGCGGGAACAUCGAAAAUUAUAUUGUAUGAUCUAUGUGAUUAUGUGUGGAAUAAUGAUGUUGCUAUCGGCUUUGCUGAUAUGGGGCACUGUGAAGAAACGACCCCCAUACAUGGCCCCUUGGCUCUUGGGUUCAUUUGUUGUCUUGGUGUAUAGCAGCAUCGUGGUUUUAGAUGAUAUAUUUUUAAAAUCCUCGUUUGUGGGUGUGGCCAAUGCGUUUUUAUUUUUCACUAUACUUUUCAUUGUGUUUGGUUUCCAGACAUUUUGUUUGGCCCUGGUGUACAGUGUAUACAGGAACUUUCAAUUGGAAAUUGCUUUAAAAUAUUCACGAAAGCAAUUGCAUGAGGAGAUCCAGCAAGAGUGCUUGGAAGAAAUUGCCCCAACAUUGGCGACAGAGAUAAAAUCAGAAUCAAAAAUUGAAAGCAACAAGAAAAAAUCGUAUAGGAAGUUAAAACAAAAAUAAAUUGUUGCCGUAAUUGUGGAUUAUCUAAGGUUAUUUUAAAUACCAUCAUUUCCAUGGUAGAAAUAAGAAGGUGAACUCGUGAAAUCAUAUGUUUACAAUUUUUUCUAAAUUAUAUGACAUCUCAUUCUCAAAAUGUAUAUUUAUGAAAAUUCAAAUGGAAAAUUAUAGGAAAAUUUAGAGCAAUACAAAUACGAACAAUAUA